AUGCUCCAGAAUUCACAAGAAACCUCGUCGGUCCUUGAAAUGGACAAGCCUUGGGUCGAAAAAUACAGACCACUCGAACUAGAUGACAUUGUAGGAAACGAAGAAGCAGUGAUGAGACUGAGAGUGAUUGCUACGGAAGGAAAUAUGCCAAAUCUCAUCCUUUCGGGACCACCAGGUACUGGUAAAACAACAAGCAUCAUGUGUCUUGCUAGAGCCUUGUUAGGAAAAGAUAUAUACAGAGAAGCUGUAUUAGAACUAAACGCAUCCGAUGACAGGACUUUGGAAGUGGUCCGAAACAAAAUUAAACAAUUUGCACAAAAAAAAGUAAAUUUGCCACCCAAUAGACAUAAAAUUGUUAUUCUAGAUGAAGCAGAUUCAAUGACAUCAGCAGCACAACAAGCCAUGAGAAGAAUUAUGGAAAUUUACAGCUCAACAACAAGAUUUGCUCUCGCUUGUAACGAUAGCUCAAAAAUUAUUGAACCAAUCCAAUCACGAUGUGCUCUAGUAAGAUAUAAAAGACUUACAGAUGCACAAUUAGUGACAAGAUUAGUAAUUAUUUGUGAAAAAGAACAUGUCAACCGAUCUGAUGACGGAUUAGAAUCCAUUGUUUACACUUCUGAUGGCGAUAUGAGAAAUGCAAUCAAUAGUUUACAAGCAACAUUCCAAGGUUUUGGAAUUGUAAAUGCAACCAAUGUUUUUAAGGUGUGUGACCAACCUCAUCCUGUAGCUGUGCAAAGCGUAAUUGCUGCUUGUCUGGAAGGUGAUUUGAUCAAUGCACAAAAAAGUCUUUCCAAAUUAAUUUCUGACGGCUACAGUUCACAAGAUAUUAUUUCAACAAUUUCAAAAGUUGUAAGGAGUGGAGCAAUUGACAUGCCAGAAUAUGCUCAGCUUCAAUAUAUUAAGGAAAUUGGAGAUUGUCAUUUGAGGAUAUCAGAUGGAGUGGAUUCACAAUUGCAAUUGACAGCUCUGCUUGCCAGAUUGUGCAAAAUUGUACUUUUGAAAGCUGUCAAGGAUAAGAGUAAAUAA